AUGCAGUUAGGCUUGGAGGAAGCAUUGCCAUCUUUGGUGAAGGCCAAAUUCGCUACCGCGAAAGCCAGUCAAGCAUUGAUCUUCUCGUCCACUGAGCUAUCUAUUCUUCGGACCAAAUCUGGCGCACCUUUUCAACUCCGCUACUGCCCAGCACUGGCAAAAAAGCCAACCGACAAUAAUGACAAGAACAAAGCCAAAGGUCCAAAGCCAGAUCCUUUCGACAACCCUUCUGAAGGCCUGCUGAUUGCGAACAUUCCCACUGCCAAUGCCAGUCAUGUGCUCGUGUUGAACAAGUAUCCCGUCAUCCCUCAGCAUUUCAUCAUUGCGACCAAGCUUAAUAAGCAACAAACACAUAUGCUUGAGCAGGAUGAUCUAGCUGCCACACAUGCUUGCCUGAGAGCUUGGGAGGAGAACAAGCAGAAUGGAAAACUGUUCGCCUUCUUCAACUCUGGCGAGCAUAGUGGGGCUAGCCAGGCACAUCGACAUCUGCAAUUUCUGAGUGUUGAUGAGAUGAAGCGAGAUCAACAAGAAAGCUCGAGCUGGGAUCCUCUAAUCGGACGAAUGCUGGAAAACCCUGCCAAGGAAGCACAAGAGCUAAGGACCAACCCUGAGUUACCCUUCGCUCACUAUGCUCUCCAGCUUCCGCAGGAGCCUAGUCCGGAGACACUCUACUCGUCCUACAAUAAAUUAUAUGAAGCUGCUGCCGCCGCAGUCAGAUCCUACAUCUCGUCCAGUCAGGACUCGGGCCUUGAACUGCACCCAUCCGAGGGAGGAUCGUCGCCCAUCAGCUACAACCUCGCCAUGACGACUUCGGUAAUGGCUAUAGUCCCACGCAGGAACGAAGGUACCCCAAUCAAGAACAACCAAGGUGUCGAAGUCGGAAGUGUCGCCCUGAACGGUACAUUGUUAGCCGGCACUUUGAUGGUCAAGCUCGAAGAUGAAUGGAAUACUUUGCGAAACGACGAGCUACAACUCGACGGAAUCUUGACAGCAAUUGGCAUUCCUAGGCAAUGA